GACCAUGUCUCCGCCUUUUCUGCUAACUCCAUUCCAGCGUGUUUUUAACCUCCUCCCCUUUUCUUCUCUGAUUCGGGGCUGUCCCAACAAUAAGAGCCCACCUCUUGUAGCACAGCAUUACGGACAGUCCGUGGAGGAGGAAUACGCUAAAGGCUUUGGACACAGAAGCAUUAGAUUUGAACCGAGCUGUUGCCCCGCAGCGGGGGCUGAUCAAUCCGGGCAAGAUGUGGGUUUGGUACUUUCUGCUCGGUUCGGGAACGCGCACGGGCUCGGUCGAGAUGGUGAAUGUAUUCCUGGAGGUUGGCAGUGUGACGGCUUUCCAGACUGCUUUGACAAGAGUGACGAGAGGGGAUGCUUGAAGGUGAAGGCAAAAUGUGCACCCACAUUCUUUGCUUGUGCAAACGGGGUCCACUGCAUUAUUGGCCGCUUCCAGUGUAAUGGUUUCAAAGACUGCCCUGAUGGCAGUGAUGAAGACAACUGCACUGCUAAUCCUCUGGUGUGUUCAUCUGCACGGUUCCACUGUGACAAUGGACGGUGUGUAGAUCGCAGCUUUCUAUGCAAUGGACAGGAUAACUGUCAAGAUAACAGUGAUGAAGAAAACUGCCAUUCAACAGCAGAAUCCCCUGGACAGGACUUUGUGACACUGGAUUAUCGACUACGCUAUUACCCCAGUAUCACGUAUGCAGUUAUAGGCAGUGCCAUCAUCUUUGUCCUGGUAGUGGCAUUGCUGGCCCUUGUCCUGCACCAUCAGAGAAAGCGAAGUGUUUUGCUGCCACAGGGGGUCUACAGAGGUGCCUGCCACCAACCGCUCCUGCUCUCCCAGCUUGUCAUACUGGACAGAGGACAUGCCCAUCCUGGAAGCCAUGACCUUUCACCCCAGUGUUCAUCCUCAACAGAGGCAUUCAGCUCAGUCCAUAGUCUCCAGUUGCUCUCUCUUUCACAAUAUCCAAGAACUGCGAUAGACUUGCCACCAUCAUACUCGCAGGCUGUACUGGAUGUUGGCCGACCCACAUGGUUUGAUCUCCCACCUCCUCCUUACCCUCCAGAGACUACUACAGCUCAGUCUGAGAGAGAACCACCUGUAUAUGAGGACUCAGCUGAAACCACAGAAUCAGCCAGAGCUGUAUUAUCUCAAACCUGGACCAACAACACCAACACUGACACCAAUUGUGCAGAGUAAAGAGUCUUAGCAGCCACCACUGUAAAUUCAGAAGAUAUGGACUGCAUGUACAUUAUGCAAAACUCUAUGCAGAGUGUUCAGAAAGAAAAGCAUUGAUGAUGUAGAUGUUUGCAGAUUCGCUAAGUAUGUGUAAGAGCAUGUUAGUGCCAUCACCGGGUGGCCAAUUAACUGCAUUACUCUUAUCAUAACCAAUGCCAUGGCAGCCAAAAAAGCACUAUACAAAUGGUGCUAAUCCAGAAUGAGCUACUGCUUCAAAUGUACAAUUGAUACUCUUGACUGCAGUAUUCUAUGAGCAUAGACUUUACCUACUAGUGACUUGAAGGUGUCAAACCUCAUUCUCGUGAGUGGCAGUUUAAGUAAAAGAGAUGUGCUCAAUCAUUUUCAAGAUUUACAUAAAGUGUGGGGACAGUUGUGUUAAUAUUUAUAUUUAAUUAUCAUGGGUUUACAUAGAGUUCAGUGUUUAUAUUCCCUGUGAGUCUGAUGUAAAUUGGGAAUGCAGAAUGCCUCUUUGUCCAUGGCUUAAUGUUUAUGAACAUGAUGAAGUUUAUGAAGUGGGCUAAGUACUUCAAGCAUUUUAUGCUCUAAUUCUGCAUUAACUGCUGGUACUCUCCUCAGCCUCUGCUCCAGAGUGUUGCACACAUUUUAUUUCUCUCACCCAGUCUUUCUACACACCCUGAUCAUUAUAUCUUAAUAAAAGUGUCUACAUAUGGCUGGCACAUGAUAUAACACCAGGAUGUCUGAGUUAUGUGAUGAUGUUCUUCUUUUUUCUUUUGUUUUUAGAAUCUUUUUCAUUGAGCUAAAGACCAG